AUGGGCAGUAUCAGUUACGAAUCCGAGCCUCAGAUCGACGACUCCAUCAAGCACGGAGACUGGCGAGAUCAGCUCAUCAAUAACGGUUAUGUUGUGCUGAAGAGUGUUGUCUCGCCGGAAAGAGCCGGAUACUAUCUAGAUAGUAUCUUUGACUGGCUUGAAACAUUCCCCUUUGGUUUCCGCAAGGAUGAUCCGUCUACCUGGGGCCCGGGUCAUCUGCCGGCACACAUCAAGGGCGGGAUGUACCACGCAUACUCUGUUGCUCAUGAGAGAUUCUUUUGGGAAGCUCGAAUGGAACCCGCCAUCAUCGAUGCCUUCGCCAAGCUCUGGCAGACCAAAGACCUCCUUGUCUCCUUCGAUGGUGUCAACUUGACCCUUCCAGCCAAAGAUCGAGAACCCGUCAUAGCAUGGCCACAUUGCGUUCAAGGGAUUCUGAAUCUGACCACCAACGGACCCAACGACGGAGGUCUUAUCGUUUUGAAGGGGUCGAGUAAACUCAAUGAGGACUUCUUCAGGACCCAUAACAAGCAGCGAGAAACUUGGGGCCCAGCCGACUGGUUCGGAUUCACGCCGGAGGAAGUCGAGUGGUUCAAUGAGAGAGGCUGCGCCGCGGUCAAAGUCUGCGCUGAGCCGGGAGAUCUCAUCUUGUGGGAUUCGAGAACAGUUCACUAUAACUGCUUGCCAGAGAGCGAUGCGAUUCGCUCAGUGCUGUGUAAGGCGACCGAGUCUACUUCUUCCAGGUGGAUUGCCGUGUCUAACAAGACCUCUUAUUCCCUCACAGAUAUGUGCUACUCGCCUGCCUCAUACGGAAGCCCGGACGACCUACAGAAGAAAGCAAAGUUUUUCAAGGAUCGGAAGAACACGACUCACUGGCCUCAUGCCAACAUCUACCGCGAUGAGCGCAAAGUCAUUCGUCUCGGACAGGAAGAAACAUACACAAGAGACAGACCGAUCCAAGAGCCAGUUGAGACUGAUAUACUGCUAAAGCUUGCGGGGGUGGUGCCCUAUGGAUCGUAA